AUGCAUAUUUUUAAAAGGAUUUUUAAUAACAAACGUUUAUCAAUUAACAAGUUCAUUGCGUUAGUUGGGUUUUGUGCGUUCUUGUUACUAGUUUACCAAUACGAUUUCUACCGAGAAACAACAGGAUUAAGUCAAGACUCAAGAAAAAACUCAAAAUUUAAUGUAUGGAAUUCAUUUCCAGAAGUUCAAUUACAUAGAGAAGUUAUCAAUUCAUUUUAUGAAAAAAGACAGACUUGGAGAACAUCUAAUCUAGGAUCAGUUUUAUUCAAGAAUGUUGAAAGUGAUGCGUUUAUAAAAGAAUAUAAUAAAAAUCGAACAUUUGUAAUAUUGAUCUGGAAAUAUUGGGAUUGGUUACAAAAUAGGCAUUUGUAUAGUUUUGGAACAACGCGAGUAGAUGUUUCGUUAGUUGGAUGCAGUGUGAAGAAUUGUAGAUUUACUAAGAACGAGCAGGAUUUGAAAAUAGCAGAUGCUGUAGUGGUACAUUUACAGCAUGGACAAUUCCCAGAUUCCAGGAAAAGAACUUCCCAUCAAAAAUGGGUAUUUUUAAGUGACGAAUCGCCAAGAAACACUUUUUCAUUGGCGAAACGGCAACCAAAGCUACAAGAAUUAUCUCAAGUUUUUAACUGGUCUAUGACUUAUAGAAGUGACUCCGAUGUGCCUGUGCCGUACGGGCGUACUCAACCCUUGCCAGAAGCAUUGUCCGUUGAACUGACAAAGAAAACAACAAUAGAUUUGAUUCCCAACUGGAAUAAAAAACGACGCGAUGUCCUGGCGGCAAUUCUUAUAUCUAAUUGUGCUGUUUCACAUCGAAUGGCAUAUAUAAAAGAAUUACGGAAGCAUCUGGAUGUCGAUGUGCAUGGACGAUGUUCAGAAAAUCUCAAAAAUAGCUGUCCAGGUCAUUUCCGAUCUGAUUGUCCAAUAAUAUCGGAAUAUUUAUUUUAUUUGGUAUUAGAAAAUUCAAUGUGCCGAGAAUAUUUGACGGAAAAAGCUUUCUAUCACGCAUACUAUAAAGGCGCUAUUCCUGUCAUAAUGGGUCCAUCAAUAGAAGACUGCGAGCAAUUAUUACCGCCGAAUUCUUUCUUACACGUCGAUAAUUAUGCCACACCUCGAGAUCUUGCUGAAGAAAUUACUAGAUUAAGUAAUGAUAUUCCCAGGCUGCUUACAUUUCAUGAAUGGAGGAGACAUUUUGAAAUUUUAAAUGAACACGGGUAUUUUGGAUCUAAGUCUCGACAUUACUGCAGAUUAUGUGAAGCUUUAAAUUACAACGAUGCUGCUGUGAAAGUUUACGACGAAGAUGAUUUGAAAAACUUCUUAGAUCCAUCGUUAGUAUGUAGAUGA